CCACUUUUAAGCCUCUACGCACCAUCCAAGCCACUUCCUCAGUUUGGCUCCGGCCGUCAGAGGGGAAGGGCGCACGCACUUUCGCUUCCCCUACACCCCCCCCCCUAUACAUUUACUCCAUUUUCUUCGCCCCAUCCACCCCAUGACGGCCGGAUAAUCAUGACCCAAGGAAGGAUACGAGAGGGAAGGAAGAAAACUGUGUGUGUGUAUGUACGUUUGUCUUUAGUGUGUGUGUGUGUGUGUGCGUGAGCGAUGUUAAGAGGUCGCAGAUUCCGUGUGUUGGGUGUGUGUGUGUGCGCGUGUGUGUGUGUGGUGUGUGUGGUGUUGGCGGUGGUGUGGUGGAGUGGUGGUGGCUCAGAGCUGCACCACCACCAUCGCUACCAGGAUGUCCUUGAGUCUACAAACGUGUCUAAAUUCCUCGAAAGCCCAAGAAUUUUAACUCUACAACCACUCAAGACUCAAGAAGCAUGUAGUAGUGGUGGUGGUGGUGUGGAGGUGUUGGUGGUGGUGCCGUCAUCACCACACAACCUGGCAGCGAGGAGUGCCGUUCGAGAGGGCUGGGGUGCCUACUUGCCGCACUCCUGGGCUCUCGUUUUCUAUGUUGGCGCUGUGGAUCGACCCUCUGUCCAGGAGCGCUUGAUUAGGGAGUCCCAAACACACAGGGACAUCGCACAGGACCCCAGCUUUCCUGACAGCUAUGCCACACUGACCCUGAAGACCCUCGCACUGCUGGCCUGGACACAACAGAGCUGCCCCAGUGCCAAGUUUGUGUUGAAGGCUGACGAUGAUGUUUUUCUCAAUGUUCCACGCCUCCACGUCCUCACCAAGUGCCUAUACAGUGCCAUGAUCGAGGUUUACAAAAAGGUUCAUGGUGACUGUGGUGGUAGGGAGCUGGUGAGUCACUAUAUUGAUGCGAGGACUAAGGGUUAUGAGUCGUAUGUCAUCGGUGGGUAUCUCUAUCGUAACGUGAAGACCGACAGGAGUGGGGCGUCAAAAUGGCAGCUCUCCAGAUCGGUUUACGCGAAAGACACACUGCCGAACUACGUCUCGGGAACUGCGUAUGUUCUGAGCGCUAAUAUCAUCCCACACUUACUCGAGGCCGCCAAACACACACCCAUAAUCCACUUGGAAGACGUGUAUCUGACUGGUUUGGUAGCGACAGAACAACUAAAAUUACGUCUCACAAAUAUCGAGGGUUUUGAGCGAUUUCGACCACGAUUUGAAGGCCCCUGUGUUUACCAAGACUUACUGACCGCGCACGGCUUUACCCCAGGGGAGCUCAGGGCCGCCACGCACUCUACUCUGGGGUUAGGGAAUGGUGUAUGUGAUGGAGUGCUUACGAAGGCUGCGAUUAGGUUGAAUAAAGUGCUAACAGCUAUAUUUCCAAAGCUCCUGUGUCCGGUAUUAGUGAUGUGGAUGUUAGUGAGGUGAUCUGAAUGUGUGUGUGUGUGUGUGUGUGUGUUUAUUUAUGGUUGUGAAAAAUCAUUGCAUUUCUUUCCUUUUUAUGUGUGUGUGUGUGUGUGCGUUUUUUAUGUUAUUUAUUCCCGCGUAACCGAUUUUCCGCUUGCGUUUUGCCGUCACUGCUCGCUAAUACUCAUGAUUGCUUCCACACGCACUGCUUAACAAACAACAACAACAACAAGUCUUUAUGCCAAUCAAUUAAAUGAAUCUCAAUACUCAAGUUUGGCUCAAGUUUGGCUUCCAUUAAAUAUACUAAUCACAAA